AUGGUUUGUUGGACGUGCACUCAGGGAUGCGCCACCAUCGCUUUCCUAUGGCCGACAGCCAUUGAGUGCCCUGUCUUCUCAUUCUCUCCUGUCGCUCUCUUCGAGUGCACUGUGCAUGUAUGUGGGUGCGCACGCGCAUAUGUGUGCUUCUCUGCACAUGUGUAUUCAUUUUCUACAGCCAAUACUCUUCAUUCAAUCGAAGAAGAGUGUGUGUGUGCGCGUGGCAUCAUGGUAAUUCGUGUUGUGCUGCAAGCGAUGAGCCAGGGCCAUCUUCUUGUAGAUAACAUCGACAAGUAUGUCCACACGGGCCGCGGAGUCAUGGUGUACAUCGCGUUCAUUUCAGACGGAGAGAACACCUCGGUUACCGACGAGGAGCUGCGCCGCGGCGUAGAUGUGCUGCUCCAAACCAAAAUAUUCACCCAUUUCUCACCAGAAAAGAUGAUAACUCGGCCCCUGUCACUGGAAGAGUGCCCUGAGAUGGAUAUCCUCAUCGUUCCGCAAGCGUCACUGGGUGGAAAAGUGAAGGGGCGCUCGGUGCAGUUUCACCAGCUUGUACCCAAGGACGUCAGCGCAGCGCUGUACGAUCGCUUUUGCCAUUUCGUGCGCGUCGCCCGCGGAGUGGACGAGACUCGUGUGGACGCCAAUGGGGCUUCGCUGAGCGAGGAACACGUUCCUGAGGCGGCGAGCUGGAUCAAGUAUAACUCCCGCGUCAUCUCCGGCACUUUUGGGAAUCGCCAGGGCCUUCGAUUUGAAACGGAUGGCCCGUUCACACACACGUUCGACAUUUGA